AUGCAGCCCACCAACAGCCCUCGCACCACUUGUGACGACCGGAGCUGUAGCCGCCGGGGCACGACGACCAGUAGCAGCUAUAGCACGGCCCUCCACGACGACGUCUUUGUCUCGUCAGCGGCUGGCACAGCGCUCUCGUCGUGGCCGGAGCUCAAGCAACUCACGACGGCCGUGACCGUCACGCCCUUCGAAAGCGACGCCCAGCAGCAGCAGCAGCAGCUGCAGCGCCACCGCAAACGGCAACGGCCGUCCGCGCCGCCGUCGCCCUCGUCGGCGUUCCCCGACUUGAAACUCGACUUUGCCGGCUUUGAACUCGGCAGCAGCGUGCCGACGCCCACCAACCUGACCUCCUCCUCCGGUCCGCUCUCGUCGCUCUUUGCCUCGACGCCCACCACCCGCAGCAGCAGCUGCAGUACCACUUCCUCCACUGCAAUAGGAUCAGCAGCACGUCCCACGGCGGCACUGCCCGACUCGGGCGCAGCCAAUGGCUACAACAUCGCCGACGCCUACGACGUCGCGACCGCCCACGACACCGACGUGCUGCUCUUCCUCCAGAACCUGCAGCUCCCCCAGGACUCGGCCGCAGCCGCGCGGCGUCUGGCACAGGACGGCUUCGACUCGGUCCUGGCGCUGGCGUUUGCCACUGUGCCAGAGCUCCAGCGCGCGGGGCUGACGGACGCUCCUGUCGUGUGGCGACAAGCGCGUCGCAGCUUCUACGCGCGGCAGUUCCAGGGCCCAAUGGACCUCUCGUCGGCUUCGUCUUCGACCGUGUCCAAGUGGCUCGAGCUCUGCGGCAUCCCGCGAGCGCCGAGCUUCAAGUACGCCGAGUACCUCUGCCGACUCGGCUACGCGAGCGUGCGGGACCUCGAGUUCAUCGGGCACGACCACCAGGCGCUCGCGGGGUUCAAGACCGGCCACAGCCGCCUCCUGACCCACUGCAUCGCCGCCGCCGUCGCCCUCCAGCAACAACAGCAGCAGCAGCAGCAGUUACACCAUCACGAACAACACCAGCAGCAGCAACAGCUGCAGCUCGAGAGCUACGGCGGUCAUGGCCCCAACGUCUACACGGCCGGCUCGUCCAGUGCCUUCCUCCAGCCGCUGGACAUCCAGCGCGACAACGAGUUUGACGUGCAGGCGUACGACAGUUUCCUCGACGCGCUCAUUGAGCCCACGGACGCCGAGAGGCUACAGCUGCAACAACAACAGCAGCAGCAGCAGCAACAGCGCUACGCUGUAUCGGGUCUCAGCCGCGAGGCGGACGGCAGUGGCAACCACCUCCUCAGCUCGCCGUCCGACGCCCUCUUUGGAACGGGUGCGGGCGUGACGUUUGGGGAUAGAGUGUCGCCUGCUGCCGGAUCGAACGCGCCGCUCCGGCUGCUGCCGCAAGAGCACCUGCAGCUGCUGUACGAAGCCGUGAACAUGGCCCGGCCGAACCCGUGCCGUCGGGGCAAGAAGAUCUACUGGUCGGUGCUCGCGUCCGGCGGGAUGAAAGACGACCGAUUCGCGCCGCUGACGCAGUUCACGGGCACGGAGCUGCAGCACGCCUACCUCCGGCAGUUUGAGCUCCCGGCCAACAGCCCCGUGAAGAUGGACGCGUGGAGCGAAGACAACAUCCGCCAGCUCGAGUACGCCGUGAAAGACCCGCGCUGUCGGCACCUGUCGAAGGUGUGCUGGGAGAUGCUCGCCACGGGCCGCACGGGCGUCGACGAGUACGCGCCGCUCGCCAAGUUCACGGCAUCACAGCUGCGGUCCCGCUUUCGUUCGCUCUUUGGCGACAAGCGACCGCAGAAGCUGCGCCAGAAGAAGCAGAUGAUGAAGCUCCAGCAACAGCACCAGCAGCAGUCGCCAACGAGUGGCACUGCGGUCAAGAGUGAGCGAUUGUUGUAA